CCUCGACCCCUAAACCCAUCGUCCCCUUCUUCGUCGUGUCUCCUCCCCUCCCCUCUCCUCUCCUCGGCACUCCCAUGGCGAACAUGGCCACCACCUACUACCACCACCCUCCCCAUCCUCCUCCUUCCUCCUCCUCCAUCUACCCUCCUCAGCCGUAUGCCGGAGCUCCGCCGCCGGCGCCGCCGGCGCCGCAACAUCCCCAGCCCUAUCCCUCCCACCACGAGCACCACGACUACGGCUACGACUACUACCAUCACCACCAACCCCCUCCUCACUACGUACCCUACGACGCUCCCUACGGAGCCUCCCCCGACGAGGUGCGCACCCUCUUCGUGGCGGGGCUCCCCGGAGACGUGCGGCCCCGCGAGAUCUACAACCUCUUUCGCGAGUUCCCCGGCUACGAAUCUUCCCAUCUCCGCAACUCCGGCAAAUCCUCUCAGGCAUAUGCAUUUGCUGUCUUCCGUGAUCAACAGUCUGCAAUAGCUGCGAUGCAUGCCCUAAAUGGAAUGAUAUUUGACCUUGAGAAAGAGUAUUCUUUACAUGUUGAUCUUGCCAGGUCCAACUCUAGAUCAAAACGAUCAAGAGCAGAUGAUGGUGUCGCCUACUCUUCUGACAAAAGACUUAGAGGGUCUACUGCAUAUUCCAGAGGCUUACCAGAUAGUGGUGCUGGAAGCAAUAUUCACAUGCCUGGAAUGGGUAAUUCUGCUUACAGCUUGAAUGGUUAUCCUUCUACACAAAGUCGUGGAAUCUUUGGUCAAGAAUCUGAUGAUAGAGAUCUGAGGAAGUCGAGUCCUCCAACUUUUGCUCCUCAAGAUAAUCCUCCUUGUCCAACAAUUUUCGUGGCAAAUCUAGGCCCGACAUGUUCUCAGGAGGAGCUAGCUCAGGUCUUUUCGAGAUGCCCAGGAUUCUUAAAACUUAAGAUGCAAAACAAAUCUGGAGCUCCUGUAGCAUUUGUUGACUUUAAGGAUGUGAACAGUUCAGCUGCAGCUCUAAAUCGCCUCCAGGGUACCAUUUUGUACUCCUCAAGUGAGGAGGGCAUGCGCUUGGAGUAUGCUAAAUCACGUAUGGGGCUCCGUAAACGUGAAAAGAGAAGAUAAAUUCAGCUGCAUGCGUUAAAGUUACAGUUCAAAAUAUUCUAUGGCGGCGCACGACGAACUUUGUGUUAUGGUGUAAACCUUUCCGUCUCAUUCGGUUUCAACUCUUGGUAAGUUAAUGUGUUUUCCUUUUGCUAAAUUCGGGUAUCCUAUGUUGGAUCAGGGCUUGAAUUACACUCGUAAGUGUUCGGCAAUGUCAAGUUUUAAUGUCAAAGUGCUUGUCCCUUGUUUCUUAAGAUUUUACUGUUUCAGAGUUAUUAUUAGCAUAUAUGAUGUGCAACGACAAUAUGAUAUACUAUGUUUGCUUGAACUAUGAUUUUCACUGUUCAUGUUUGUUUCGCCGUAA